AUUAGCCUACCCCACAAAAAUAUUUCCAGAACCAUUUCAAAACCAUGGAGUUGCAUGUUCUUUGGGGAAAGAUGGCCUUAGAUUGAUUUGUGUCCAACUUAAAAAAAAGUGGACCCUUGAAAAUAAAACACUGUCACGCUAGAUUUUAGAUUGGCCUGCUUGUUAUUUUCUGUUUCUGGUCGAGAUUCGCAAUCUCACCUCCUUUAUUUCGGGGUCUGUGGUCUUGGAGAGUAGUUGACAAACCGCGCUCGUAAGACGUCGCUCCCCAUCGCAAAGAUCAUUGAUGAAGCGUGAGGAACCGUGACCCCGGUGCAUUUGUAUGGCAAGAAAGAGAGGGUGGUACAGGUCUACCGAAAGGCUUCGAGCAGCCAAAUGGAGCGUGGCUGCAUCCAGACCGCGAUGGCUAUGGGUCUGACAUCGAAAAAGGCAUCUUCUCGAAACGUUGGCGUGGAACGCAAGAACCUCAUCACCGUUUGCAGGUUUUCAGUGAAGACGCUCCUUGAGAAGUACACGGCGGAGCCCAUCGAUGACUCGUGCGAAGAGUUUGUCAACUUUGCUGCGAUCUUGGAGCACAUCCUCAGCCACCGAUUCAAAGGUAAUGUAGCAGGUCCAGGCAGCUGGUUCAGUUCUGAUGGCCAGCGGAGUUUUUGGGACUACAUCCGGCUGGCGUGCAGUAAGGUGCAGAACAACUGCAUCAGCAGCAUCGAGAACAUCGAGAACAUCAGCACUUCACGAGCUAAGGGUCGAGCGUGGAUACGUGUUGCUCUGAUGGAGAAGCGUCUUGCUGAGUACGUGGCCACAGCUCUCAGAGACAACCGCACUACCAGGCGGUUUUAUGAGGACAGUGCCAUCAUGUUGAGGGAGGAGGCCACUGUUCUUACUGGAAUGCUCAUCGGACUCAGUGCAAUCGACUUCAGUUUCUGCCUGAAGGGGGAGGUGUUGGAUGGCAAGACUCCCGCUGUCAUAGACUACACACCUUACCUGAAGUUUACUCAGAGCUAUGACUACCUAAGCGACGAGGAGGACCGGCGCAGCGUGGACAGCAGCGCCAGUGAGGAGAGUGUCUCCGAGCACCCCUACAUCCCACUGGUCACCGACGAAGAGAGCUGGAGCAACAAGUGCCGCAAGAUGGAGCAGCGCUUCAAGAUCGUGUAUGCACAGAAGGGUUACCUGGAGGAGCUGGUGCGUCUGCGUGAGUCCCAGCUGAAGAAUGUGGAGACGGAGAACAAGAAGCUAAGCUCCCGACUGCACGAGCUGGAGACACAGAGCCAGCAGGAGAAGAAGGAGCUGGAGUCCAUUAUACUGGAGCUCCAGGCACAGCUUUCUGCCCUUAUUCCCUGUGACUCCUCCCAUUUGGCCAAAAACCUUUCCAUCCCCCUAGUCAACCAAUGGCCUUCCGUUCGAGCCUCUGACAACCAGAAAGACGUCAAGCUGUUUCGUCGGAGGAGUUUGGACAGUUUGGAUCACCUCUCGGCUGAGGUGAGCCUAAACUCUGAUUCCCAGAAGACAGAUGGCAAACAAAAUGGAGAUGCUGGCUGGUGUACAACGGGGAAAGAUUACACGCCCUCCAUGCUGGGCCUGUGUGGCUCCCUGGCCUCUUUGCCCAGCUGUAAGUCCUUGGCCAGCCUGAAGUCCAGCGAGUGCUUGGUGAACAUCAGCAAGGAGCCAACGCCUGCCGUCUCCCCCAGCUAGAGUGUCCUCUGACUGGGCAUGAGUGGAUUUGCCCUCCCCUCUCCCCCUUCCACUCCUUUCCCUUCCCACCUCUCUUGAAGUUCUGCCAGUCUCUCUCAUCUGCACCACCACCACCACCACCACCUCCUGGUCCUAUAAGCUACCAGACUCUGCCCAUCCCCUCUCCCCUCUCUGAUAACUUCCCAACCACCCCUCAGUUCCUCAGUUCAGACAAAAAGUGAAUCACACUUUCACACAUAAAAAAGAUGCUUGUACAUUAUUGUUUCUCUUCAGGGUUUCUGACUGUUUGUUCUGUCAAAUUAAAAAAUAAAUGUUGGAUUGAAAGGAA